GGCGAUUCGCCAGUAAUGACCCCUGAACCCUGGUGGAGUGCACACAACCGUGGACGGACAGAUUGGCCGAGCAAAUAUACAUGCGGCUAUAAAAAGAGACCUCACGUCAGCGAGGGCAUUGCUUUUACCAACAACCAACAAUUCGGCGAGGCUACGCUGAACGUUAACAUGAAGUCGCUAGCGUUAGCUUUAAGCAUCAUGCUGCUGUUAGCCGCAGGCGAAGCGCUCAUCUGCCAUCGUUGCGUGCCAAAACAAGCCGGCGAGAACUGCGAGCUCACAGAGGAGGCAUGCAAACCUGGGAAAGAUAGCUGCGCCGCCGCCAAGUUCCAAACAUUGCCAUUUGGCCAAUACCAGAAGUGCAUGGCCUUGUCUGACUGCCAGAUGCUCCAGAGGAACAGUUUCAUCCAGAUAAAGUGCUGCGAAAGCGACCUGUGCAACACGUUUGAUGAAUAAACAAGCAAUUUGUCAUUUU